GCAAACACAUUUUCCGCCUGCCGAUUGGCGAUACCGAUUUUGUAAUCGACCACGACGCCCGGGGAAGAUGUCUCGACCGACCGCAACAUUAAAUUUAUAUACCCUAUGCUCUUGGCCGCAUACAUAACCGGAUCAUGUUCACGGUCACGUCGGAGAUCUACGGAGAAAACAACUACCAGACGACCCGCGAUGGAGGUAAGGUGGUGUCGAAGUUCCGUUUCGUCUAUCCGGAGGAGAAGCUGGAGGGGAUUAGGACGGAUAAAGACGGCGACCUUGAGGUGCCAAGGCCGAAACGUGGCGUGAUCGAAUUGGAACAUUCCGAGGCCACGGAGCUCCGGCUGGUGGGAUUACAGGUGUGGCGGGGAGCCCUUCUUCUGGCGGACUACCUUUUCUCCAAGAAGGAUGAGUUUUCCCAGAAAACCCUAAUGGAACUGGGAGCUGGUGUGGGCCUGACCAGCAUAGCCGCCGGGAUACACAAUACCGGAAGGAUCUAUUGCACGGAUGUGGACCUGGGAUGCAUACUGAAGCUGAUCCGUGGCAAUGUCCAAAGAAAUUUCAAACUCCUCCGCGGCACAAUAUCAGUUCUGGAGUUUGAUUUUCUCGCCUCGAAAGAGGAUCAGUCGCAGGAUCUGCUGGAGGCCAUAGACAGUAGCGAUGUAAUCCUAGCUGCCGAUGUCAUCUACUGUGAUACGCUAACCGAUGCCUUCAUCACCGUCUUGGAUAACCUCCUGGAUCGAGGUCGCCAAACUGGGAGACCCAAAACGAUAUAUAUGGCCCUGGAGAAGCGCUAUGUGUUCACCCUGGAGGAUUGCGAUUCGGUGGCUCCCAUGUACGAGUACCUCAUCCGGCAGACGGUGAACAAGCCGUGGAUCAUGGAGCACCUGCCUCUGGAUUUCCCCCAGUAUUUCGAGUACGAUCGCUGCAAGCAACUGGUUCUGAUGAAGAUCACCAGUCGUUGAAAUGCAUAAAGCACAGAUAAAGACGUUCCGCUUCUUAGAUUCAAAUGACUCCUCGAUGUACCUUAAUAAUUUAGUUAAAUUAUGGCUUUGUUACGUUAGGUUGAGAUAUCACUGGAAUUAAACUAAUAACUUUGA